AUGACUCGCGUGUAUAUUGGAAAUCUGGAUUCACGGGUUUCUGAGAGGGAUCUGGAAGAUGAUUUUCAUGUUUUUGGAGUUAUACGAAGUGUGUGGGUUGCAAGGAGGCCUCCUGGUUAUGCUUUCAUUGAUUUUGAUGACCGCAGAGACGCGCUGGAUGCUAUCCGCGAAUUAGAUGGUAAAAAUGGUUGGAGAGUAGAGCUUUCUCACAACUCUAAAACUGGAGGCGGAGGAGGGGGAAGAGGUGGCGGCGGUGGUGGUCGUGGUCGGUCUGGUGGGGGUGGUUCUGAUUUGAAAUGUUAUGAGUGUGGUGAACCUGGUCAUUUUGCCCGCGAGUGUCAUUCUUCUCGUGGCGGUGGAAGACGUCGGAGCCGUAGUCCACCUCGAUUGCGUAGGAGCCCAAGUUAUGGGCGAAGGAGUUACAGUCCUCGUGAGCGGUCCCCUAGGCGGCGAAGCCCAUCUCCUCGUCGUCGUAGCCCUUCACCUCGUCGCCGCAGCUACAGCAGGUCACCCCCUCCUUACCGUGAACGUGAGGCCGUAGCACAUGCUAACGGAAAUGGGAUAAGGGAUGCACCUCGAAGCAGAAGUUGA